AGGUGCGGCCAUGGCGGGCGCGGCGCCCCCCGCAGGUGCCCCCGAGCAGCCCUUCACCUGCCGGGAGUGCGGCAAAUCCUUCCGCUGGUCCUCGCGCCUGGCGCAUCACCUGCGCAGCCACACAGGUGAGCGCCCCUACAAGUGCCCCGAGUGCCCCAAGGCCUUCAAGGGCUCCUCCGCCCUCCUCUACCACCUGCGGGGCCACACAGGUGAGCGCCCCUACACCUGCGCCACCUGCGGCAAGAGCUUCAAGCGCUCCUCGCUGCUGCAGACUCACCUGCGCGUGCACACGGGGCUGCGCGCCUUCAGGUGCGCCCAGUGCGGCCUCACCUUCAAGUGGGCGUCGCACUACCAGUACCACCUGCGGCAGCACUCAGGUGAGCGGCCCUACCGCUGCCCCACCUGCCCCAAGGCCUUCAAGAACUCCUCCAGCCUGCGGCGCCACCGCCACACCCACACGGGUGAGCGCCCGCACACCUGCGGCACCUGCGGCAAGGGCUUCGCCCAGGCCACCAACCUGCGGCAGCACCUGCGCGUGCACACGGGCGAGCGGCCGUACACCUGCGGCACCUGCGGCAAGAGCUUCACGCACUCGUCCAACCUGCACCUGCACCGGCGCACG